AUGUCGAGAAGACUUAAAAAGGCACAUCUGUUUAGCAAAGAUGUGGCAGCAUUGAUGUACGCUUAUGGGGAUGCACCGCAGCCUCUUCCAGAGUCUGUUCAAUGUGUUGAUGAGCUGGUGUCUGCAUAUCUAGUUGACAUAUGUAUGUCCGCGUACAAGACUGCACAAACCGUUCAUAGAAACAAAAUAAAAGUCGAGGAUUUCAAGUUUGUUCUACGGAAUGACGCGGUCAAGUUAGGAAGAGCUAACGAGCUUAUUAAGCUAAAUAAGAUCAUCACAGAAUCUAAAAAGUUAUUCAACAGCUCCGAGGGGAAGUCGCUAAAAAGAGGGAGGAAUGGAGAAGCUCGCUUUCACGACGAUGAUGCAAAUGAUGAAGCAGAGGAUACACAGGGCAAUUUGCCUCAGGAUAAUGAGAAAAGCAGGAAGCAGAAAGAGCCCGCUCGCAAAAAAAAGAAGAAGGGGAACGCUGGCGAUUAG